GUUGAAAGACAGAAAAAGUCCAUGGGUAUAUUUAGCAAUAUCAAAGGGUGUACUAAACAUUUGUAAUCGAGUAAAAAUCACACCCGAAUUUAUCAGGGAAUGUGUAAUAUGAUAGGAUGUAGCUAACACUGGCUAGCCAUACAACAAUUAAUUUGGAGGGCUUCUCGUCUUGUGUCUUCAGCUCCAAUGAUUUGUGCAUGAAAGAAUAAGUAACUAUGUCUCGAGUUACCAAGAAAGCGUCAUCUGUCUGUACAGACAGCCCACUGAGCAUGAAUGAAGUCUGUCGGAAGAUGACACUGAUGAGGCAGAUCCUCACCUCUUGUUUCGGACCCAAUGGUAGACUGAAGCAAGUCCAUAACAACGUUGGUGGACACGUCCUGACCACCUCCACCUCUACGUCCCUACUUCAAGCUGUUUCCUCAUCGGAGCCGUUACUCAAACUUAUUACUGCCUCCAUCUUAAACCACCUGUCUCGGUUCAGUGACUGUGGUCUGUACACUGGCAUCCUCUGUUUUUCCCUCAUUGACCAUGUUCAGAAGUCAGGCUUGAGACCAAGUGUUGCGAUCAAAAUCAACAAACAACUAUUGGAGGUUUGCACCAGUUUCCUCAACCAGGAGGACUGUGGCUGUAAAGUGAAUGUCGAUUUCAACAGCUGCCAGAGCUUGGUGACACUAGCCAGGAGUGUCAUCUCUAGCAAACCUGCCUGUGUGUUGACUGGGGGUGAACAACAGCAUAUCAGCACGUUGGCUGUCCAUGCCUUUCUACUGACUGUCCCCUGUGGUGACACCCCGGGCUCCCCAGACAGAGUCCGUCUUGGUAGGACUGUGACUGUCUCCAUCGAGGGACAGUUUGUGCUAGAUUCUGCAGUGUUUCCAGGUCUGCUGGUGAAUCUCCCAGACAUGCAGCUUCACCCCACAGACUCGGAGAGAACCAGACGGGAGCCCGGUCCCUUCCGACUAGCCCUGUUCACGGUGUCUCUCUCAGGGGAUCUAUCUGAGUUCGGAGAGGGGUCCCUGGAGGUGCACAGUGGAUCCCCAGACCCAGAAGACCUCAUCCUGGAUGAGUUACUGAAGCUGGGAGAGCAGGCCGUUACAGACCAGGUGGAGGUGUUUAUGUGUCAGAGAGUAAUACACCCUGUACUGCAGCAUUACCUCCGGAGGCACGGCGUCUUGGUCGUAGAGAGACUCGGCAUUGCACUCAUCCAGCCCAUUGUUCAAAUGACAGGUGCUCAAGCAGUGGCGUUGUACCAGACCCCUAUCCCUCCUGAGGCCUAUGGCCAGGUGAAAGGCUGCUGUGUCAGGACCGUUGGAUCCAGAGAGAUGCUGCAUCUCCUUCCACCUCGGGAACCAGCACCAGCUGUCUGCACUAUGGUCCUCUGCCACAGGAACGACACCAUGCUCAACGAACUGAAGGCUGCGUGUCAGAGGGCAGAGCAUGUGUUGAGGCUGACCCUGAGAGACCCGGUCGCUCUGCUGGGAGGAGGAUGCACUGAGACACACAUGGCAGCCUACAUCAGUAACAAGGGCACUACUGAAGCAGCGGAGGUAGCGUUAUCCCUGGGAGUCUCCCAGUCUCAGUACCUACUGGGACUGGACGGGUUCUGUUCCUCCCUGGAGGCUGUAGCCUUGGCCCUGGUGCACGAUGGAGAAACCGGCCUCGUAGACCUCAGCUACGCCCACCACUGGUCUGUGCCCCAGGGAGAGGCUGUUCAUUCUGGUACUGUGCUCCAGGGAGAGGCUGUUCAUUCGGGUACUGUGCCCCAGGGAGAGGCUGUUCAUUCUGGUACUGUGCUCCAGGGAGAGGCUGUUCAUUCGGGUACUGUGCCCCAGGGAGAGGCUGUUCAUUCGGGUACUGUGCCCCAGGGAGAGGCACUCCAGCGGGGUGAUGGAGAUGAGGUUCCAGCCACCUGUGGCUGUGGCCUGGUGGAGAGGAGCGCCAGGCCUGGGCUGGAGUGGACCCCCCUCAACACCAGGUACCCUUCACGUCCUGCCCCCCUGGUUGUGGGUAAGGACACUCCCCCUCAGCUCAGGGUGCUGGACUCCUUCACAGCCAAACUCAAUGCUUUGCAGGUUGCCGUGGAAAUGGCUAAUCUGGUACUGGACAUUAGAUACGUCAUCCAAGAUGUCAACUGACACCAACCUCUCAUCCAAAAUGUCAACUGACACCAACCUCUCAUCCAAGAUGUCAACUGACACCAACCUCUCAUCUGACACAAACAUCUCAUCCAAGAUGUCAACUGACACUAA